GAGUCUGCGUGCGGCUGGGAGGCAGGGCCCGGGCGGUGGAGCGGAGCGAGAAGCGUUUUGCUUUUGCAGAGGCUGGUCCGUCCGACCUUCCGGUGCCUUUCGCGGCCUUCCCACUCCCCGCUGGGCCCUCUGGGCGGCCGAGAUGCUGACCUUUGACCCCAGCAUGGGGCUGAUCCCGACGCCUCAAGCAGCCUCCAGAACCUCUCCCCCUCAGGUUGUCGCCGCCCCCGGGAGGCCUUCCGCCCAGUCCAGCCUGGCCCUGGGAUGAGGGCUUUGGGCAGGACCUCUGAGAAGGGUUAGAGAUUCUCUAACGAUGGCACAGGUGGAGAAACGAGGGGGUUUGCUCCGGAAAUCUUCAGCCUCCAAAAAACCACUGAAGGAAAAGGUGGUGCUGAUGUAUGAUGAGAUCUUUAUGACAGAGGACCCCAGUAAGUGCAGUCCUCGAUUUUGGGAGGAGCUCUUCCUUAUGAAGGUGAAUUUGGAGUACCUAGAAGGCAAGCUGGAAUCUCUUGAUGGUGAGGAGUUAAUGAAGAUCAAGGAUAAUAUUAAUUGCUUAUUUCAACACUGCAUCCAGGCUCUGGGAGAGGAACAUCCAAUUCGAGUUGUCAAUGCUUUGCAGACCUUGUGUGCACUCAUUCGAGGAGUCCAUCAAAAGAAUAAAUCUACCUCUGGGUUUGACAUUAUCAACAUGCUGAUGGGCUUUGACAAGGCAGAGCUGUGCAUGAAGAACUUGAUGGAGAGUUUGGAUUCGUUGCUUUGUGCAGAAGGUUCUGAAAGUCUGAAGAGUUUAUGUCUGAAACUUCUCCUUUGCUUAGUGACUGUGACAGACAACAUUAGCCAGAACACUAUCCUAGAGUAUGUAAUGAUCAACAGCAUAUUUGAAGCAAUUUUACAGAUACUCUCUCACCCCCCAAGUCGCAGGGAGCAUGGGUAUGAUGCUGUUGUCCUCUUGGCUUUGUUGGUGAACUAUAGAAAAUAUGAGUCUGUGAAUCCUUAUAUUGUGAAGUUGUCUAUUGUGGAUGAUGAGGCUACGCUCAAUGGAAUGGGGCUUGUGAUUGCUCAGGCUUUAUCUGAGUACAACAGGCAGUAUAAAGACAAGGAAGAAGAACACCAGAGUGGUUUUUUCUCUGCUUUAACAAAUAUGGUGGGCAGCAUGUUCAUAGCAGAUGCCCAUGAGAAAAUCUCAGUACAAACCAAUGAGGCCAUCCUUCUGGCACUUUAUGAAGCUGUUCAUUUAAAUCGUAACUUCAUCACAGUGUUAGCCCAGAGUCAUCCGGAAAUGGGCUUGGUGACAACCCCUGUCAGUCCUGCUCCUACAACCCCAGCCACACCACUUGGGACCACGCCGCCCUCCUCUGAUGUUAUAAGUUCUGUGGAACUCCCACUGGAUGCAGAUGUACAGACCAGUAAUUUACUGAUAACCUUCUUGAAGUAUAGCUCGAUUGUCAUGCAGGACACCAAAGAUGAGCAUCGGCUUCACAGCGGCAAACUCUGUCUGAUUAUACUUACGUGUAUUGCAGAGGAUCAGUAUGCAAAUGCAUUUUUGCAUGACGACAAUAUGAAUUUUCGAGUAAACUUACACAGAAUGCCUAUGAGACACAGGAAGAAGGCAGCGGACAAGAACCUUCCCUGCCGUCCCUUAGUAUGUGCAGUACUGGACCUGAUGGUGGAGUUUAUUGUAACACACAUGAUGAAGGAGUUUCCUAUGGAUCUGUAUGUACGCUGCAUUCAGGUAGUACAUAAACUACUUUGCUACCAGAAGAAGUGUAGAGUACGCCUGCAUUACACCUGGCGGGAACUCUGGUCAGCCUUGAUAAAUUUGCUGAAGUUCCUUAUGUCAAAUGAGACUGUACUUCUGGCCAAACACAACAUUUUUACAUUAGCCCUUAUGAUUGUGAACCUAUUUAAUAUGUUUAUCACAUAUGGCGACACAUUCCUGCCCACUCCCAGCAGCUAUGAUGAACUCUACUAUGAGAUUAUCCGCAUGCACCAGAGCUUUGACAACCUCUACUCUAUGGUCCUGAGGCUUUCUACCAAUGCAGGCCAGUGGAAAGAAGCAGCUAGCAAGGUGACCCAUGCAUUAGUUAAUAUCAGAGCCAUCAUCAAUCACUUUAACCCCAAAAUUGAAUCCUAUGCUGCUGUGAAUCACAUAUCCCAACUGUCAGAGGAGCAGGUGCUCGAGGUAGUACGGGCCAACUAUGACACGCUCACACUGAAGCUGCAGGAUGGCCUGGAUCAGCAUGAACGCUACUCAGAGCAGCACAAGGAAGCUGCCUUCUUCAAAGAGCUGGUUCGAUCCAUUAGCACCAACGUCCGGAGAAACCUGGCCUUCCACACACUCAGCCAGGAAGUCCUGCUCAAGGAGUUCUCCACUAUCUCCUGAGGCCACGCAUAUCUGAGCAGCUGCUGACUGCCCUUACCCAUGAGGCUCCUGGGCUGCAGGGGGACUGAGGGGAGAGGGGCUGUCCCCAAGGUUGGAGAAUAACACAGAUACCGAGUUCUCUCGGUGAAGGCCGUGCUUCAGUGGAGCUUGGACAGCAGGGCCAGGAGGGGCAAACCAGGGAUAAUCUUAUUUGGGGAGGGUUUGGGUGGGCACAGGGAGAAGCCUUCAAGAAUAUGGGGACUUCCAGCAUGGGCUCCCUGGAUACCCCCUCACAUUUCCAAUUGAGAUUACAAAUUGUGGCUGCUGACUAAUUUUCAGGGGCUGUUGGGGGAAGUCUUAGAAUGAUACCAACAUCCUGAGAGUCAGUGGUUCUCCAAGGCUUCUGAAAACAGACUCUCAAAUGUAGAUGGAGCCAGUUCUGCUUUCUUUGGGCCUGGGGCUGAGCUGGGCUUGAAAUCUGUGUCCCCUUCCCCUGCAGGCACUCUGUUAGGACCCUUAGCUCAGCUCAAGGUAGGGUAGGAAUGGAGGACCUUUUUUCUACUUUCUAAAUCUGGGAGACUGGAGAUUAGAAUCUGCCCAAUGCCCUGCUGUCCGGCCACCAAUUUCUGGAUUUGAUUCUUGGCACCAGGAGUACCUGUUAGCUUCCCCUGCCUUCCAACCCAUUGAUUGGUCAGCACUAUAGGGUCACAACGUUAGCUUCUAAUUUUCAGUCUGGUUUAAACUGUCUUUAGGGUGUGUGUGUGAAAUAAACAUUGACAGGUUUUCUGGAGCCCUCAGGUGCCUACUUUGCUGGUUCCCUUUCCAGCAGCCUCCCCACCUUCCCAAUCACCUUCUCCUCUGGGAGCCUCUCCUGCCUCUGCUGAGCUCCCCUCCACUGUUCCGCCCCCUCACCCGGCUGUUGUUUACAGCCAGCCUGCCUAAGAAUUUCCUCUGGGGAGGAAUCUGUUCCUGCUGGGGUCUGGUGCCUGGAAGGGAGAGAACCUGCUGGGGGCAGGGUGCCCUCCAUCUGAAAGGGGCCAGGUGAGCAUCAUGGAGAGGCCAUUCUGUCUGCCCAUAUUCAGGGUGGGGUCACAGGCGAGUCUUCUGGCCUUUGGGAAGUUGGCCCAUGAUUCCUCCUCUGGACAGCCUCCAUUGGACUACUGUAGGCUUUCCCUACCCCUUGGCUGCUUUCAGAGUAGCUGCUCUGAGAUUCCCCCCUUCUAAAGCACUUUCUAAAGCCCUUAGGCUGGCAGGGAACAAGCAGCACAAGAAGACUCUGGGAGUAAGUGCAGGAAACCAGCAGUGAGAGCAGGUCUGGGACCUCCCUGACUGCUAUUCCUACUUAGCCUCAAAGCGCUUUAGGGUACUUGCCUUCCCUGGGAACCGGAGUUGUGGCUCCAACAUGGAGCAGAUACGCACGAGUUCCAGAGAACCCACCAGCCCGCGGCCGUACAUAGACGCAGAUUUCUGAGAGAUCAGGGGCUGAGUCAUCUGAUCGCUAGAUGGCGUAGCUCAGCCUGGGGCAUGUAGUGUUCUCCACAGUUAUAAACCCCGGAGGAGCUGGAGCUGGAAGCUGGUGGCAAGUUGAAGUUAUUAAAAAUUGAUUUGUAUGGUA